AUGGCGGAUCUGACUUGUACAACACCUUUUGUGUUAUAUCCAUUACUCGUCAUCAUCCUCUUCUUCUACUCCCUUAACCACCGUACCGGAUUUCUAUCCUCCGUCAUCGACGACGAACCUUCUUGUCGUAAUCUCUCAUCUCCGUCUUCUCCUGAAUCAUCAGUUCUUUCUACCUUCAGAUUCUUCCCUUUACGUUCUUCAUCAUCAUGUCUCAACAACUCUACGUCAGAAGAUACGGUGGUAGACGAAGCGGCGGAGAGAAUCGAAGAAGGUUUGGCUAUGGCGAGAGCCGCCAUAAAGAAAGCCGGAGAAGUGGAUCUCCGUCGUCGUGGUGAUCGGAGGAAUAGUUCAGAUUCGAGAUUCGCGGCAAAUGGAUCUAUCUAUCUUAACGCUUUUACUUUUCAUCAGAGCCACAAAGAGAUGGAGAAGAGAUUUAAGAUAUGGGCAUAUAGAGAAGGAGAAGCUCCUCUGUUUCACAAAGGUCCACUCAACGAUAUCUACGCUAUUGAAGGCCACUUCAUGGACGAGAUCGAGAACGGAAAAAGCCGCUUUGCCGCAGCUUCACCGGAGGAAGCAACCAUGUUCUACAUCCCUGUAGGGAUCGUCAACAUCAUACGUUUUGUCUAUAGGCCUUACAUUACCUAUUCACGUGACCGUCUCCAAAACAUUGUCAAAGACUACAUCUCUCUCGUCUCUGACCGUUACCCUUACUGGAACCGAAGUCACGGUGCUGACCAUUUCUUCCUCUCCUGUCACGAUUGGGCACCUGAUGUUUCAGCGGUAGAUCAAGAACUAUACAAGCAUUUCGUCAGAGCUCUUUGUAAUGCUAAUGCAUCAGAGGGAUUCAUCCCCAUGAGAGACGUUUCAUUACCUGAGAUCAAGAUUAAAUACGACAAACUAGGGCUUACACACAACGGAGAACCACCUCAUAACCGCAAACUAUUAGCGUUUUUCGCGGGAGGGUCUCACGGAGAAGUCAGGAAAGUACUUUUCAAACACUGGAAAGGAAAGGACAAAGACGUACUUGUCUACGAGUAUCUCCCAAAGUCAAUGAGCUACACGAAACUUAUGGAUAAAGCAAAGUUUUGUCUGUGUCCUAGCGGUUGGGAAGUGGCGAGUCCAAGAAUCGUGGAGUCUCUUUACUCAGGGUGUGUUCCGGUCAUCAUAGCUGAUUCUUACGUUCUUCCGUUUAGCGACGUGUUGAACUGGAAGAUGUUUUCACUUCAUAUUUCUGUGGCGAAGAUACCUGAGAUUAAGAAGAUUUUGGAAGCGAUUACGGAAGAAGAGUACUUGGAGAUGCAGAAGAGAGUUCUAGAGGUUAGGAAACACUUUGUGGUGAACAGACCAUCGAAGCCAGCAUGUUCUGUUUAUAAUGGUGACGACCAAGACUCUGUUUUACUCUACCCUGAGCUUCUUUUCUCUCCAUUGAACAAGUCUCUUGCCAUGAAAGCCUUUGAUUCGUCUGAUGUUGUCUCUGUUAGAGAAUACAAAGUUAAAGAUAGUCUCUCCUCCACUCUUCAGAGCAUUUUUGAUAAGUAUGGUGACAUUGCAUCAGAGUCCAAGCUCCAAUCUCUUUCCACACGGACAUACCAUCUUGAGAUGCUAGCUGAGGUUGUUGCUGAGCUUCAGUCAACGCCUCUGCGUCGGCUGUCUGAAUCAAGAGCCAAAGAGAUUCUAGAGAUCGUCAAGGACAUAGAGACAGCAAAGAUCCGAGUAAGUUGGCUCCGGUCUUUUCUUGAGGAAGUUGUUGAGGCAACCAGGUUUAUAAAAAGACACGAUACUGUAGCUGGAGACAAAGAGGCGUGCGAACAAGGUUUGGUGCUUGCGAAGCAAGACAUGGAGUUGAGCUUAAAGAAGCUUGCAGACAAGGAAAAAGAGACGAGGGAGUUUCGGGAGAGGUUGAUGAAGACAACAGGGAAACUGGGGUCUUUGGAGAUGAAGCGGUCGUGUCUCGACAAGAGAUUCGAGUUUUUGAGAUCAAAGGUCGAAAAGUUUCAGGAUCAAUCUGUUUUUAUGGACAUUUUAUGA